CCAGUGACACUACCCGUAUUACAAAAUGAGGAGGGGCUUAACUGGUGCAGUUUUUUUUAUUUAACAAGCUCCUCAAUUCACGUUAUUUCAGAUGUAACUAGGACCAUUUAAAUGUGCGCUGGAACUCGCAUUUAUAACCUGGCUAUUAACUAAAGCUGCUGGUGAUCACUUAUCUGAAAGCGACUGGCUGUCCGACAGAAGGGGACCGACAUGAAUAAUGAUUCCAGAGACAUGGGAUCUGGACAAGAACCCACAAGUAACCAAACUGCUCGAGCGCCACGGCCAACAAUGAACGAGACUUCUUCAGCGUUUCAAGGUCUACGACUCAUCCAGCAACUCAAAGCUCUCCUCAUUCCCCUGUACGCUGCUAUUGUCAUCAUAGGAAUAGUAGGCAACUGCCUCUUGGUAUUCGUGAUUGUCAGAAUAAAGAAAAUGCACAAUGUAACCAAUUUCCUAAUAGGGAAUCUAGCCGCUUCGGACGUACUGAUGUGUAUGACUUGUAUCCCUCUGACUUUGGCGUAUGUGUAUGAACCGAGAGGGUGGCUCUUUGGCAAUGUAAUGUGUUACUUCGUUCUCUUUAUGCAGCCGGUGUCUGUCUACGUCUCUAUUUUCACCCUAACAGCCAUUGCAGUAGACCGCUACAUUGUGAUCGUGCACCCGCUGCGCCGUAGAAUCUCCCUGAAGUUAAGUGCCUAUCUGAUGCUAUUAAUUUGGAUCGUCGCCUGCUGCUUGGCGGUCCCAGCCAUGGCAAAUACAUACUAUUUAGAACUGAAAGAUCAAGGGAUCGCGAUUUGUGAAGAGUUCUGGGAGAAAAAAGAGAACCAACGACAGGCGUAUGCCUUUUGCUUGCUGCUCCUAACCUAUUUUUUGCCUCUGCUAGUCAUACUAAUAUCUUACGUCCGAAUUUCUGUCAAGCUGAAGAACAGAGUCGUCCCGGGGAGUGUAACGCAAACGCAGGCAGAAUGGGACAAGGCCAGAAAGAAAAGGACGUUUAGUCUCCUCGUGAUAGUUGUCAUCGUGUUCGGUAUCUGCUGGCUGCCCUUGCACAUAUUCAACAUCGUUAGGGACAUUAACAUUCGCAUAAUAAGCAAGUAUUACUUUAACUUGAUCCAGCUGUCCUGUCAUUGGUUUGCCAUGAGCUCGGUGUGCUACAACCCGUUCAUAUAUGCAUGGCUGCAUGACAGUUUCAGGAAGGAACUAAAGAAGGUCUUCACUUGGAAAAGAAAGGUUGCUCCGUACGGACACAGCGUUACAGUGAGUGUGGUUUUGUAAUAGGAAGAAUACUUUAAAAUGUAUCUAAGGUCUGCUAAUGCUUUUGCAUUUCGCUUUUUGCAAGCAAAAUAAACUUUAAAGGACGCAUUUAAAAGUAUCUUAUUAUAACAUGUGGGCUAUUUAAAAUUGAA